AUGGCGAUCACUUUACCGAGUUGUUCAUCAAAGCUAUUGUCGAUGUUGAAUGGAACCGAUUCCUAUGAGCUGUUGUCUGCUGUUGACGAAUCAGUGACAGCAAUGUGCGGAAUACACGUACCGCAGGACUGCGAUCCGGAUGAGAAGAUCGCUAUCCUUAUUCCAUAUAGAAACCGAUAUAGUCAACUACAAAUUCUCCUCAGUUAUUUGUUGGAAUUUUUGAGUAAAUUUCGAACGCGUUUCGCAAUUUUCAUCAUAGAACCAACUGAUGGACAGGUGUUCAAUCGUGGUAAGCUCUUCAACAUUGGCUAUAAUCUCGCGAAUACCAUUGAAGACUGGGACUGUUUCUUCUUUCAUGAUGUCGAUCUAUUGCCAACAAACAGACAGCUACCGUAUAGAUGCCCUCGAAACGGCACUGUUCAACACUGGAGUAGCGCUAUCGAUAAAGAUGGCUUCAAAUUGCCAUAUGGUGGAUACAUUGGUGGAGUAAGUGCGAUGAACACUGAGGAUUUUUUGAUGAUCAAUGGUUAUCCGAACGAAUUCUGGGGUUGGGGCGGUGAGGACGACUGUUUCGGCUAUCGGUUGGCGUUUACUCUUGGGGAAUUGUUCUUGAUACCUUUCUCAUUUGCUUGGAUCGUCGAUGAGUCAUCCUCAAUGAGUAAUGUCAUUGAUAAAGUUGUUCGUUGCGGUUUUGAUGAAAAGCUUCCAGCUGAAGAUAUGCAUUACAGCGUUCACGGUAGCAAACUCGAAGUUGUACGUGCUCCAAACAGUACAUAUACGAUGUUGAGACAUGGGAGCAAUGAAAAAGGAAACGAAAAAAAUCCGUUCGUUUUCAAGAUUUUAGCUGAUGUCGAAAAACAACUAUGA